CCCAGUCAUCGCAGGAUUCGACGGCUCUAAACUCUAUCGCCAGCUGACCGACUGCUUUAUGACUACGUGGUUGGUGAGAUGAGUCGCAUGCAGAAGGGCCGCAUUCUCCCGCCACCCCUGAACAGGCCAAGCGAAGACACCACCCACUCGGAAGGUCCCAACCAUCACAAUCCUCCCGACAUUGAAAAAUAUCAGUCCUACGCAGGCCAUGCGCAUCUUGACGAUGACGUUGACGUUGAUGAGAAUGAUAACGAUGACUGGGAGACCCUGAGCGGUAAUAGUUCUAGUAGGGACAGACGCUCCGUGAUCGUACUUUGUGCAGCGUGUUAUGUCGCGUUUGCCAUAUUAUCAUUUUUUUCUGCAGCUUAUUAUUUUUGGUGCUUGAUGCCUUAUGAACCUUCCAACAGCAAUCCGUUCCCAAAGCGUCAGUGAACUACAAAGAUCUUUGCCUACAUUCAAAGUGAAAGGUCAUAUCCAACAAUACCUCGAGGCGCAAUGCCCGCUAAGCGACACGCGAGCAUUUACACUUACUGGGGACUUAACUAAACGUCCCCUUCUGUGUAGCUGAAAAGGCCCGGGAUUAAACACACCAGCGAUUAGGGAAGGCCUUUGGUUACUUAUAAGAUGCAAAUUGGAUAAAGUCGGGUCCAAGACGAGGUGGCGAAUAAGGUGUGAAUCAUAUCUGAUCACCGGAGUUUAGGUGGAGCUCAUGCCGCAUGUAAUAUACCUACUUAAUUGACUACGAAUAUAGAAAUAGGAC